CAGCCAGCAGCAAGCCAAAGUUCAUCUCAAGCUCAACAAUGGCGCUACCCCUCAUAAUCCUCUCCUUCCUCGCCGUCCUCGCCGCCUACAAGCUCUUCCAGCGCCUCCGCUUCAAGCUCCCCCCCGGCCCCCGGCCCCUCCCCGUCGUCGGCAACCUCUACGACCUCAAGCCCGUCCUCGUCCACUGCUUCACCGAGUGGUCCCAGAUCUACGGCCCAAUAUUCUCCAUCUACUUCGGGUCCCACCUCAGCGUGGUGGUCAACUCCGCCGAGCUGGCCAAGGAGGUCCUCAAGGACAACGACCAGCAGCUGGCCUACCGGAACCGGACGCGACAGAUCAACAUGUUCAGCAAGAACGGGAUGGACCUCAUCUGGUCCGACUACGGCCCGCACUAUGUCAAGGUCAGGAAGCUCUGCACGCUCGAGCUCUUCUCCAUGAAGAGGAUUGAGGCGCUUAGGCCGAUUAGGGAAGAUGAGGUCACCGCCAUGGUUGAGUCGAUUUUCAAGGAUUGCAUCAAGCCUGAAAACAAGGGCAAGGAUCUGGUCCUUCGCGAGUACUUGGGCAUGAUGGCCUUCCUUCACAUUACGCGCCUGAGCUUUGGGAAAAGGUUCAUGGAUUCGAAUGGAGUGAUUGACCAGCAGGGAGAGGAAUUAAAGGGAAUUCUACACAACGGGAUUAAAUUAGGCAACAAGAAAUCGUUCGCCGAGUUCCUCCCCUGGCUUAGGUUUUUGUUCAAGUCCGAGAACGAGGCAUUGAACAAGCACGAUCAACGUUCCGACAGUUUCGCCAAGAAAAUCAUGGAGGAACACACCCUCGCCAGGAAGAAGACGGGUAAUACCAAGAACCAUUUUGUCGAUGCCUUGUUGACUCUUCAGAAGGAUUACGACUUGAGUGAGGACACCGUGAUCGGCCUCCUCAAGAACAUGAUAUCUGCCGGCAUGGACACAACCGCCACCACGGUCGAGUGGGCCUUAGCCGAGAUGGUCCGAAACCCGAGGGUUCAGCAGAAGUUGCAAGACGAGCUUGACCGUGUCGUGGGUCGGGACCGAGUCAUGACCGAAGCCGACAUCCCGAACCUCCCUUACCUCCAACACGUGACCAAGGAGUGUUUCCGGCUCCACCCUCCGACUCCUCUCAUGCUCCCUCACAAGGCCAACACCAAUGUCAAAAUCGGUGGCUUCGACAUUCCCAAGGGAGCAACCGUGAGCGUGAACGUGUGGGCCAUUGCACGCGACCCGGCUGUGUGGAAAGACCCGCUCGAGUUUCGACCCGAGAGGUUUCAAAUUGAGGAUGUGGAUAUGAAGGGGACCGAUUUUCGGUUCUUACCCUUCGGGUCGGGUCGGAGGAUUUGCCCGGGUGCACAGCUGGCGAUUUUCUUGGUGAGCUCGAUGUUGGGCCAUAUGGUUCAUCAUUUCAAUUUGGACCCGCCUGAGGGGGUUCGACCGGAGGAUAUGGACAUGAUGGAGCGGCCGGGGAUGGUGACUUAUAUGAGGACACCGUUGAAGGUGGUGCCGACUCCAAGGCUGCCGGCUGAGCUGUACAAGCGGGUGGCAGUUGGGAAUGUAAAUCCAUUACCAGCAGCAGGCAGCAAGCCAAAGGGCAGCUCAAGCCUAACAAUGGCGCUCCCCCUCAUAAUCCUCUCCUUCCUCGCCGUCCUCGCCGCCUACAAGCUCUUCCAGCGCCUCCGCUUCAAGCUCCCCCCUGGCCCCCGGCCCCUCCCCGUCGUCGGCAACCUCUACGACCUCAAGCCCGUCCUCGUCCGCUGCUUCACCGAGUGGUCCCAGAUCUACGGCCCAAUCUUCUCCGUAUACUUCGGGUCCCACCUCAGUGUGGUGGUCAACUCCGCCGAGCUGGCCAAGGAGGUCCUCAAGGACAACGACCAGCAGCUGGCCUACCGGAACCGGACGCGACAGAUCAACAAGUUCAGCAAGAACGGGAUGGACCUCAUCUGGUCCGACUACGGCCCGCACUAUGUCAAGGUCAGGAAGCUCUGCACGCUCGAGCUCUUCUCCAUGAAGAGGAUCGAGGCGCUUAGGCCGAUUAGGGAAGAUGAGGUCACCGCCAUGGUUGAGUCGAUUUUCAAGGACUGCGUCAAGCCUGAAAACAAGGGCAAGGCUCUGGUCCUUCGCGAGUACUUGGGCAUGAUGGCCUUCCUUCACAUCACGCGCCUGAGCUUUGGGAAAAGGUUCAUGGACUCAAAUGGAGUGAUCGACCAGCAAGGAGAGGAAUUAAAGGGAAUUCUAAACAAUGCCAUUAAAUUAAGCACCAAUAAAUCGUUCGCCGAGUUUCUCCCCUGGCUUAGGUUCUUGUUCAAGGCCGCGAACGAGGCAUUGAACGAGCACAAUCUCCGUGCCGACAGUUUCACCAAGAAAAUCAUGGAGGAACACACCCUCGCCAGGAAGAAGACGGGUAAUACCAAGAACCAUUUUGUCGAUGCCUUGUUGACUCUUCAGAAGGAUUAUGACUUGAGUGAGGACACCGACAUGAUAUCUGCCGGCAUGGACACAACCACGAUCACGGUCGAGUGGGCCUUAGCCGAGAUGGUCCGAAACCCGAGGGUUAAGCAGAAGUUGCAAGACGAGCUUGACCGUGUCGUGGGUCGGGACCGAGUCAUGACUGAAGACGACAUCCCGAACCUCCCUUACCUUCAGCACGUGACCAAGGAGUGCUUCCGGCUCCACCCUCCGACUCCUCUCAUGCUCCCUCACAAGGCAAACACCAAUGUCAAAAUCGGGGGCUUCGACAUUCCCAAGGGAGCUACCGUGAGCGUGAAUGCGUGGGCCAUUGCACGCGACCCGGCCGUGUGGAAAGACCCGCUCGAGUUUCGACCCGAGAGGUUUCAAAUUGAGGAUGUGGAUAUGAAGGGGACCGAUUUCCGGUUUUUACCCUUUGGGUCGGGCAGGAGGAUUUGCCCUGGUGCACAGCUGGCGAUUUUCUUGGUGAGCUCGAUGUUGGGCCAUAUGGUUCAUCAUUUCAAUUUGGACCCGGCUGAGGGGGUUCGACCGGAGGAUAUGGACAUGAUGGAGCAGCCGGGGACGGUGACUUACAUGAGGACACCGUUGAAGGUGGUGCCGACUCCAAGGCUGCCGGCUGAGCUGUACAAGCGGGUGGCGGUCGGGAAUGUGUGAGCUGGCGGGAUUGGAGCUUCACACGUGGCUUUUAUGCCUUUUUGUGAUGGUUUUAUUUUGUGUUGGAUGGGUGGUUAAGGUUUUAUUUUGUCGGUGGAAUAAGCUUUAAUGAAGUCACUAAUACAUUUUAUCGACGCGAAUGUUUAUACACAUUUAAUCAUUAAACGGCCACAACUCAAUAGAUGCAUAUACAAUUUUACUAAAAAUAUUAUAAUCAUCGAAUCGAUUUACACGAUGGGAAAGAAAGACAACUUAUGUUGUUUGUCGAAUGAGAUUUUAGCUCGAGUCGGGUGGCAUGGCACGUGUGAGACAAUGUUCGAGCACUGGGG